CAGUGACUCCUUCUGUAGCCCUGAGACAACCCACCUGCAUCUUCUCUAGGAUGAAGGUCUUCACGCUAGUGCUGCUGGCUACCCUGCUCUUUGUGGAACGAGCUCAUGCCCUCAUGUGUUUCACAUGUAACAUGAAAAAGAGCUACAUUAAUUGUCUGAAGAUCUCCUUUUGUGCAAUAGAUGAAAAUCACUGCCUUUCUGAAGUAGUCUCAUUAACUGUUGAACCCAAACAAAAGAACAUCACCAAAUCUUGUUCUUCCACCUGUCCGGGCAGUGGUUAUACCACUGAGAAGACGGUUGUGACCAUUCGAUGCUGCCAACACACCCUGUGUAAUAUGUUCUCAAAUGGUGGUGGACUCCGGGGCAGCUCCUUGGUGCUGGGCCUGUCUGUGCUGUUCAGUUUGCUUUAUACCCUGGUGAGGCCAGGUGCUUGACACUGCUCCCCUCAGCCUGCCCCAAGGUCCCAGCGGAAACCUCCUAGCUUAUGAGUUGGGAAGGUCUUUUAUCCUUCUCCUUAGCUCUUCCUUACCUUCCGAAUACUUGUAAGAGAUAAUGGAAUUCAGGCCCUGGACACUUCUUUUUUUCUCUUCCCUUUUGUCUGUGGUUCUGCCUCUUGUUGAAUUUUUAUCACUUGACCCAGGCUCAAAUGUCCCUAGUCCGCUGCCAGAUCCCUUCAUGGUGAUGGAGGAUAGCAUUGGAAGCUGAGGGAGAUACUUUCUAUCUGUGGGAUCUCAGGCAAGUAAAUUUAACCUCUCUAGGCCUCAGUUUCCUUGCCUGUAAAAUAAGGGUCUUGAACUAGAUAAUCUACAACAUCCUUUCCUGUUCUAAAUCCUAUGAUCUUCUGAGACAGCCUUGAAUCUCCAAGCUGGAUAGGUUUAGGAAUCAGGGGUGAUGGCCCAGGGAGAUUAGGACAUAUAAGGUUAGAGUGGAAACACCCUGCAAAUCGGUGUAUGUAUGUGGGUAUGAGGGGAAACUUUUAUGUGCAUGUGUUUCAAGUGUACAUGUGUGGACUGUACUUGCCUAUCAAUGUGUGAUUUCUAUACGUGUGGUUAUGCAUGCUUUUGUAACUGUAUGCUUUUGGGUAGACAAUUUUGCCUGUGCUUCAGGCAGUUAUGAAUCUCGAUGACUGCAUCUGUGCUCAUGUGGGCUUCUGUUUAUUAUUUUUUAUGUGUUUUGUAUGUGUGUGAAUGUGUGUGAGUGAUUUGUAUGUUCUUAUCUGUUUUUGUGUCACAUGGAUGUGAAUGUGUGAUUGUGAGAAUAGGUGAGUGUGUGUAUGAAGGGCUGUCAUCACUCUGGCACUCACCCUACCAAGUUCCUUUCCGGACUCCACCGCCUUGGUCAGCCCCACAAUGGGCCCUAGGUGUAAAGGGCUGAGCUGGGUUUCCUGCCAUACUCUGGCCGCAGUGUUGAGGGGGAGUAUGUAGGCUCUGUGGAGCCUCCAGGCUAGGAGAGAAUGAGGAAUACACUGGGACCCAAUGAUUUACCUCUUUCUGAGGGUGGUUUUCUGCAUCCAUGACUUCUCCCUCCUUCUCACCUUAGCCAAAAUGCAGUCCAGCCUCUACCCAACUGGUCCUUUUCUUGUUCAGUGCCUCAAAUAAAGGCAAA